CGGCGGGUGCGCUGCAGCUCUCCGGUCUCGCGGGCGGCCGAUGCGCGUGCUGGAAAUAACGACACCGAAAUUAACAUUAACAUAAACAACAAGUAAACAACAAAAACAGCAUGAGGAGGAGAAGCGCGGCCACGUGAGGGGAGCGGCGGCAGCAGCAGCAGGGGCGCGCGGAGGACUCUUUCUUUCACCCAAGUCCGGCGCGAGCGCGCGCGUGUGUGUUUGUGUGUGUCAGUGUGUGAGUGUGUGUGCGCGCGCUCGUCAGCAUGGCGGAGCGAGGAGGGUCCCGGCUCAGCUUCCCCGGGGGCGCGCUCAACACGCCGGUGCCCAUGAACCUGUUCGCCACGUGGGAGAUAGACGGCUCCUCUCCGCACUGCAUCCCCAGGUUGUGCAGUCUGACGCUGAAGAAGCUGGUGGUUCUGAGGGAGCUGGAUAAAGAGUUGAUCUCUGUGGUCAUCGCCGUCAAAAUUCAGGGCUCCAAACGUAUCCUGCGCUCUCAUGAGAUUGUACUGCCUCCUACUGGAUCAGUGGAGACUGACCUCGCACUUACUUUCUCUCUGCAGUACCCUCACUUUCUGAAGAGAGAAGGGAAUAAGCUGCAGAUUCUGCUGCAGAGGAGGAAACGCUAUAAAAACAGAACCAUCCUGGGCUAUAAAACCCUCGCUGCUGGAUCUGUGGAUAUGGCUGAGGUCAUGCAGCAUCCAGCAGAAGGUGGGCAGGUGUUGUCUCUGUGCAGUCAUCAGAAGGAGCUUCAGGGGAAGGUCGCUGAGAUCUGGAUCUACUCUCUCUCCAGUCAGCCUAUAGACCAUGAGGAGGCGGCACUACUGGGACAGAAACUCAAAUGCUCGGAUAAUUACUCAGAAGAGGAGUAUGAGAGUUUUUCGUCUGAGCAGGAGGCCAGUGAUGAUGCUGUUCAGGGACAGGAUCUUGAGGAUGAUGAGUUUGAUGUGAGGAAGCCUAAAAAACAGCGCAGGUCAAUUGUACGGACAGCGUCCAUCACCAGACAGCAGAACUUUAAGCAGCGUGUGGUUGCUCUGCUGAAGCGUUUCCGAGUCUCUGAUGAGGUAUUAGACUCUGAGCAGGACCCUGCAGAGCCCCCUCCAGAAGUGGAGGAGGAGGAUUUGGAGAGUUUGGACUUUGAGAACCCGAGCGACAGCGGUCCUGAACUAGAUGAUGAUGACAGCGUCCUUAGUACUCCCAAACCUCAGCUGAAGCCAUAUUUCGAAGGCGUCUCUCUUUCCAGCUCUCAGACAGAGAUCGGCAGCAUCCACAGCAUGAGGAGCCACAGAGAACCGCCCAGUCCAAUGGAUCCUGAUAAGCUAAAAGGUGCUGGAGGGAAGUUUCAGGUGGACGAUGUUGCAGACAGUGUUACUUUUGGGCAGCCAGAGGUCGUGACACCUACCACAGAGUUAGAAAUGGACAAUAUGGACACCUUCCUGGAGAAGCUGCCCCCUACUGGCAAAAUGACCAAAACAGAAUCUCUGAUUAUUACAUCCAACCGGCAGGAGCCUAAGCUGGCCGGCCGCAGAGGCAGGAGCACAUCUCUUAAAGAAAGGCAGACCAGCCGGCCGCCCAACGAGAGAGCCAACAGCCUGGAUAAUGAACGCUCACUGGACCCACGCUGUCACCUGCAGAUUCCCCGCAAAACAGUGUAUGACCAGCUGAACCACAUUCUAGUGUCAGACGACCAUCUUCCUGACAGCAUCAUCCUCAUCAACACCUCUGACUGGCAGGGCCAGUAUCUCUCGGACAUCCUCCAGAAUCACAGUCUCCCUGUAGUGUGUACCUGCACCACGGCCGACAUUCAGGCCGCCUUCAACACCAUCGUCUCCCGGAUACAGAGAUUUUGUAAUAGUAACUCCAUCACUCCUGCACCAGUGAAAAUAGCAGUAGCAGGAGCUCAGCAUUACUUGUCUGCUGUGCUCCGCCUCUUUGUGGAUCACCUGACCCACAAAACUCCUGAUUGGCUCGGUUACAUGCGCUUCCUCAUUAUACCACUGGGUGCCCACCCUGUCUCUAAAUAUUUGGCAAGUAUAGAUUACAGGUACAGCAGUCUGUUUCAGGACUUGGCGUGGAGGGAAUUAUUCUUUAAACCUGAAGCUCCUGUUAUCGUGCAGGACAAUCUGGAUGUGGUUGCCAGGGUAACGCAGUACAUGCUGGGUGCUAAUGGAGCUCAUCAGCUGCCCAUAGCUGAGGCCAUGCUAACUUACAAACAGAAGAGGAAAAAGAGCUUUCAUUUUGAUUUUGCCGUAAGUCCGGAUGAAGAUUCCUGUCAGAAAUUCAUCCCCUUUUUAGGGAUGGUGAAGGUGGGGAUUGUUGAACACAGCUCUGCAGCUUCAGGUGAUUCAGACGAUGCUGCUCCAAUAGGUUCUCUCCUCUCCUCCACACCUCCUCAGAUAUCUCCAGCUCUGAAAGAAGCAUCUCCUACUCCUCCGUCCUCUCCGUCCGUUCAUUCACCCUUCUACAGUACCCCUGGGGGAGGCCAGGGGGAACUAAUGGGUCUGCAGGUGGAUUACUGGGUGGCUCCAACGGAAAGAAAGAGGGACGUGGAAAAGAGAGACUCUUCCUCCAAAAACUCACUCAAGUGCACCUUCCGCUCGCUGCAGGUUAGCCGCCUCCCACUAGGUGGGGUGGAGGCGGGACCACAGCCAACAAUGUCCAUGACCGUUGUGACCAAGGAGAAAAACAAGAAAGUGAUGUUUCUGCCCAAGAAGACAAAAGAUAAAGAGGUGGAGUCUAAGAGUCAGGUGAUCGAGGGAAUCAGCCGCUUAAUCUGCACUGCCAAGCACCAGCAAACAAUGCUCAAAGUGUUGAUAGACGGCGUUGAGUGGAACGAUGUGAAGUUUUUUCAGCUGGCUGCUCAGUGGUCGUCUCACGUCAAGCACUUCCCUCUGGCCAUUUUCGGACACUCCAAAGGGCCGUACUGAGACAGCACCCGUUACAGACGCUCCUCCUGUUUCUCCAUCCUUUAUGUGCCAACUGCCUUUAAUACCCCACUGCCGUCCAGUCCUGUCCAAGCGUCUUAAUUUAAAUACCUGCUUUAUUGUUUUUAGCUUUAUUUUGUUCUAAUGUUUUUUUAUGACAGACUGAGCAGGGAGGAGCUCCUCUCCCACUGAGUGUUUAAACCCUCCUGUGUUUUUUAGAGCCUAACGGAAGACUAAUCAACUGAUGGUAUGGAUUGAUUAACUGGCUAACUUAUGGCGGUUUGAGUGAUGACUCUCCCACCACACAUACACACACCCACACACACACAUACGCUCACACUGGUUUAAUCAGGAAUAGACGACCACAGGCUGAAUAGCAUCACUAGAAACACAUUCUUGUCUUCAUCGCUGAAGUAUCUGGGCCUGCAGAAUCUAAACAUACAGGUUCUCACUAAGACCCCCAAAACAUUCAGCUCCAGCCCUGAAGUGUGUAAACCUACUUUCUAAAAGCACACGUUCAACCAGAAAAUCACAUUCCCCCCAGAAAAUUCCUUCACUUACCCCUAAUGUAGGGCUUGUUUGGUUUGUGACAUGUGCUUCUUUAGUUAGUUGUAGCAAGAGAACAUCAAGGGUAAUGCAGCUAAGAGGCUCAAACAACAUAUCAUCUGCCUCUUAGCAUGGUGCUAACUUCACAUCUAAACCAUCAUACCCUCUGGUGUUUUUUUACACAAUAAGACUCACUGUUAUCUGGAAUGUUUACCAUACUGAAAUAUGAGUUUUAUUUCUAUUUAGGUUUUUAUUUUAGCCUUUUCAGAACCAAUGACUGUAGCAAACAUGUCCCAGUUUUGCAUUUUCUUGUUUUCUGUAAAGAUGAAGUUAGAUGAAGCCAUGUUGUCGAAUUAGCAGCCAGAGUCUGUGCAGUAGAGACCUCAGCCAGACUUGCUUACUCAUUUGGUAGACCCACGCAUUUCUCCAAGCUCGAGUCCAAGCUUGUCUCAGGCUGCCUUCAUUGAGCAUACAGCAUAUCAGAUUUUUACCCUGGAAACCCAUUUUGUCCAGUAUGCAUAAUGUUUUAACAGUAAAAUUGUAAAAUUGCAGUUCAUGUUUCACCACUUUAGUUCCCAAAUGAUAGUGCAUAAAGCUAAGCUAAAAAUGUUAAAAUAGUUAUUUUAAUUUCAAAAGUAGAAU